GCCACGACAAAGAGCCCGAGUUCGCCGAACCUGUCCGCAAUGUGACAGUCGCCGUAGGACGCACAGCCCAACUACUUUGUGUCGUGGAUAAUUUGAGUACAUACAGGGUGGCCUGGUUAAGGGUUGAGAGUAAGACCAUAUUGACCAUCCAUCAGAACGUGAUCACGAGAAACUACAGGGUCAGCCUGAGCCAUAAUGAUCAUAGAAACUGGGUUCUACACAUUCGCGAAGUUCAGGAGUCCGACAGAGGGGGCUAUAUGUGUCAGAUUAACACCGUUCCCAUGAAGAGUCAGGUUGGCUUUCUGGAUGUAGUUGUACCUCCGGAGAUUCUUGGAGCCGAGAGUAGUUCUGAUGUUCUGGUGCGUGAGGGCUUUAACGUAACACUCACUUGCAGAACAAAGGGGUACCCUACCCCUAAAAUCACUUGGAGGCGCGAAGAUGGCGAGCCUCUGGCCGUUGGAAACUGGCAGAACAACAUGAUUCAAG